UCCCCCCUCCCGCCUCGGCUCUGACCUUCCUCCUUCCCGCAGCCCCGGAGAGAUCCCGGAGAGACGCGGUGGCAGCGGCAGCGCCAGCCCGUUCCUCCCCCGGGAAGUCUUCCGGGCUUGACCCGGGCCCCGGACGCCCAGCUUCGCCCCUUGGCCCCACCGGAGGUGCUCUCGGCGCUGCUGCCACCAGUGCAUGAGCAGCUGAGCCUGCUAAUUGCCGCGCCACGCCUGUCCAACCCUGCACAGCUGCGCCAUGUCCGGCUCCUACGAUGAAGCCUCACUGGCUCCAGAGGAGACCACCGACAGCUUCUGGGAGGUGGGGAACUACAAGCGGUCGGUGAAGCGUAUCGAUGACGGGCACCGUCUCUGCAAUGACCUGAUGAACUGCGUGCAGGAGCGCGCCAAGAUUGAGAAAGCCUACGCACAGCAACUCACUGACUGGGCCAAGCGCUGGCGCCAGCUCAUCGAGAAAGGCCCACAGUAUGGCAGCCUGGAGCGGGCCUGGGGUGCCAUAAUGACUGAGGCGGACAAGGUAAGCGAACUGCACCAGGAGGUGAAGAACAGCCUGCUGAAUGAGGACUUGGAGAAGGUCAAGAACUGGCAGAAGGAUGCCUAUCACAAGCAGAUCAUGGGCGGCUUCAAGGAGACCAAGGAGGCUGAAGAUGGCUUCCGCAAGGCCCAGAAGCCUUGGGCCAAGAAGAUGAAGGAGCUGGAGGCAGCCAAGAAGGCCUACCAUUUGGCCUGCAAAGAGGAGAAGCUGGCCAUGACACGAGAGAUGAACAGCAAAUCAGAGCAGUCAGUGACACCUGAGCAACAAAAGAAGCUGCAGGACAAAGUGGACAAGUGCAAACAGGAUGUACAGAAGACACAGGAGAAGUAUGAGAAGGUGCUGGAAGAUGUGGGCAAGACCACACCCCAGUACAUGGAGGGCAUGGAGCAGGUGUUUGAACAGUGCCAACAAUUUGAGGAAAAGCGGCUGGUCUUCCUCAAAGAGGUGCUGCUGGACAUCAAACGUCACCUCAAUCUAGCCGAGAAUAGCAGCUACAUCCAUGUGUACCGUGAGCUGGAGCAGGCCAUCCGGGGGGCCGAUGCCCAGGAGGACCUCAGAUGGUUCCGCAGCACCAGUGGCCCUGGCAUGCCCAUGAACUGGCCUCAGUUUGAGGAGUGGAACCCAGACCUCCCUCACACCACCACCAAGAAGGAGAAACAGCCCAAGAAGACAGAGGGAGUGACACUGACCAAUGCCACUGGGGCCGUAGAGUCCACAUCCCAGGCUGGGGACCGUGGCAGUGUUAGCAGCUACGACAGAGGCCAGCCCUACGCCACCGAGUGGUCAGACGACGAGAGCGGGAACCCCUUUGGAGGUAGUGAGGCCAAUGGGGGCGCCAACCCCUUCGAGGACGACGCCAAAGGAGUGCGCGUGCGGGCGCUCUACGACUACGACGGCCAGGAGCAGGACGAACUCAGCUUCAAGGCCGGAGACGAGCUCACCAAGCUGGGUGAGGAGGAUGAACAGGGCUGGUGCCGCGGGCGACUGGACAGCGGGCAGCUGGGCCUCUACCCCGCCAACUACGUGGAGGCCAUCUAGCUGCCCGGUUCCCUCCAUAUCCCUUCACUCUUUGCCCACCACCUCCCCCUUCCCACUCUCGUCUCCUUCCCCUCGCCAUAGAGUUCCAGACAUAUUUUCCGAUCAAGCUUUUAUUUUUUUAAAAGUCAAAACAGA